GUGUGCAGGAUUAGACAGCUCGAUGCUACCUGCAGGUCGACGUGUGUGUCGAUUAGUUACUCAUUGCUUAACCCAACAUCAUGCUUCUGUUCAGUGUUCUGCGAUUAUCAGCUGCUGCUUCACAAAUGGACAACGGAAUAUUCUGAUGAAACAGACAUUUGGAAUUCACACCAGCAAUGUUAGGUACAAACGCGACUAUUAUGAGAUUUUGGGCUUGAAGAAGGGUGCAUCGGCAAAAGAUAUCAAAAAAGCAUACUAUAAGCUAGCCAAAGAAUACCAUCCUGAUGUAAAUAAAAGCAAAGAUGCCAAUGCUCGAUUUCAGGAAGUAUCUGAAGCCUAUGAGGUGCUUAGUGAUGAUCAGAAACGUGCUCAGUACGACCAGUUUGGCGCAGAUCCAUUCCAGCAGCGUCAGACUGCUGGAGCAACAAGUUACGAUACGGGUGGCUGGCAGUACCAGUCAACAAUUGAUCCAGAAGAGUUGUUUAGAAAAAUGUUCGGAGGGCGAAGUCCAUUUUCCAACUUCGCAAAUAGUUUCAGCGAUUUUGCGGAUUCGGCAGAUGGCUUUGAGUCAUCCGAGCAACAUAUUUUGAACAUAUCGUUCGAAGAUGCGGCUCGUGGAGCACAAAAAUCUAUGAGUAUAAAUGUUGUAGAUGAUUGCCCAGCUUGCUUUGGAAAAGGAGUCCAACCGGGUUAUAAAAAGGUUUCUUGUCCAUACUGCAAUGGAACAGGUUACGUCACGCAACAGAUGGGUGGGUUUUAUAUGCAGUCAACUUGUGGACGUUGUCGAGGGACGGGUUCUUAUAAUAAAAAUCCGUGUUUACAAUGCGAAGGACAUGGUCGAACGGUUCAACGGCGUACUGUAACUGUUAAUAUACCGGCUGGAAUAAAUGAUGGCGAAACUGUUCGAAUGCCCGUAGGAAAGUCGACUGUUUUCAUCACAUUUAAAGUGGCUCCGUCAUCACAUUUCCGACGUGACAAGUAUGACAUUCAUUGUGAUGUGGAAAUAUCCAUUGCACAAGCGAUUCUUGGAGGCACCGUCAAAGUGCCGGGGAUAAAGGAAGACACUUAUAUACAAAUACCACCAGGAACUGCAUCACAUACGAAAAUGCGUUUAACGGGUAAAGGAAUAAAAAAAUUGAAUUAUGCAGGACACGGGGACCAGUAUAUAAAUAUCAAAGUGAAAGUACCAAAGCUUUUAACAGACAAACAAAAAGCGCUGAUACAAGCUUGGGCUGAACUGGAAACUGAUACUCCAGGUACGAUACAGGGAAUAAACAAUACUGUCGAAGACACUGGAAGGAAAAGAGUUGGAAAUGGGGCGACAGUAGUGGAUGAUAAUGAUGGAGGAAAGAGAAGUCAAAAUGGGGGAGAAGGGAGGUCGAAAAAUAGCCGACGAUGA